GCCAAGGAGUCGGUUCCUUGGGUUGGAAUUCAGGAACCUGGUUCUCAUUCAUAUUCAUAUUCACUUCAUUCCUUUCAUAUUCCAUCCAUUUUCCCAUUCUUCACCUUUAGAAAGAACACACACAGAUAUCUAAAAUCUGAUAAUCUAGUUGUUGUUUGCAUACUUGUCAUCAAUAAUCAAAGGGAAAUGGGAGUGCUUUCCAAUAAGAUUGAUAGGGAACAAUUGAAACCCGGUGAUCACAUUUACUCCUGGAGGCAGGCUUACAUCUAUGCCCAUCACGGAAUAUAUGUUGGAGAGGGAAUGGUUAUCCACUUCACCAGAAGAGCAGGGCAAGAAACUAGAUCAGGAACGAUCUUGGACCGUCUCCUUAUAAGUUCACCACCACUUCGUGCUACUUUUGACACUCCAUGUCCAAGAUGUGGUGAUCAAACUAGAUCUGAUGGUGUCAUUUGUUCCUGCUUAGAUUGUUUUCUCUCAGGUGGUGAUCUAUACUUAUUUGAAUAUAGUGUGUCACCUGCAUUUUUUCUAGCCAAAGCUAGAGGAGGUACUUGCACCACCGCAUUUUCUGAUCCAACUGAUGAAGUCCUUCACCGCGCUCUGUUUCUUCUUGAGAAUGGAUUCGGUGGUUACCAUGUCUUCAAGAAUAACUGUGAAGACUUUGCAAUUUACUGCAAAACAGGUUUACUUGUAGUCACUAACAUCAGUGUAGGGAGGAGUGGACAAGCAGCAUCAUGCUUUGCUGCUGCUAGUGCUGUAGUUUCUUCACCACUGAGGUUUAUGACUGCCAGCUUUGGUGGUUUGGCAUUGGUUGGAUGUGGUAUGUAUUGUGUUAGCAGAUAUGUUUCUGAUAUUGGAGUACGCGGUGAUGUAGCUAAAGUUCCAGUGGAGAAGAUAUCUGAGAUGGCCAAGGAGCAAUGACCAGAAUCUAGAUAGAAGGUUAUACAAAACUUUAGUGUAUGAUGUCAAGUUUCAUUUAUGUUCUAAAAAAUGCCUUUCAAAAAUAUCUGGAGGUUAAGUUCCCUGUAACAUCUUUGCAAAAGGUUGCCAUUUGUUUGUGCUUCUUCAGCAGGAGUUAACUUAUUUAUCUACUCUUCCCAGGAUAAUUUGUUAAUUGGAUGUUUGGACAAGAUUUUAUAAUGCAAGUUUGAAUUUUGAAAAUGGCC